UCACCUUGGCCAGUGGAGUGUGAGCUCCAUGAGCUCAAAGGAUCUUUGGGUCCGAUGGCGGCGGCAGCGCCGAGUGACCCAGCACGGGGCUUGCAUCUUCCAAAUCCUCUGUGGUCACCCACCUGGAGCAAGGUGGCUGGCAUGCUGCAGAACAAGCGUCUCCUGAGCAGAGUACUUCUGGAGAAGGACUGUUGCAGUUUGAGACGCCUGAGGCAAGUCCUUCUACCAAGAAUGCCAAUACCUGUGGCAUGUGUGGCCCAAUCCUGAAAAGUAUUUUGUACAUGGCUAAGCAUCAGGUACUAUACCCAGGACACAAACCCUACAUGUGUGAAUCAUGUGGGACAGGCUUCUGGAUCAGCAGGAACUUUCACCAGCCCCAGAAAGGGCAUAGUGGUAAGAAGCCCUUCAAGGGCCAGGAUGGUAGGCAGGACAUCCUGGAUGGCCACAACCGAGCCAUCCUCAGUGAGGGGAAGCUACACAGCAGCACUGAUAGGGCAGCCUUCCCACUCAGCUCCAAACAUGAGCAGCAACAAGGAGCCUAUGCCACCCAGAGGCCUUUCAAGUGCAGUCGCUGUGGGAAAAACUUCCUGGAGGCUUUUGCUCUCCUUGACCACCUGAUAACUCACUCUGAAGAGAGACACUUCAAAUGCCCCACAGGUGGAAAUGCCCCCAAGGAGAAUGCAACCCAUGCUAAUGUCCAAAAAGUUCAUCCUAGAGAAACAGCUCAUGUGUGUAAGCAAUGUGGGAAGGCCUUUAGCCACAUGUUUAAACUGAGGCUGCAUCAGAAAAUUCACACUGGGGAAACACACAACAGUUGCAGUGAAUGUGGGAAAACCUUUACCCGCAAACACUCACUUGUGCAGCACCACAGAGUUCACACUGGAGAGAGGCCUUAUGAGUGUGGGCAGUGCGGAAAAGCCUUCACUCGCAGUUUCCAUCUAGUUAGGCACCAGAAAGUUCAUAACAGAGAAAGGCAAUAUGAAUGCAGACAGUGCCGGCGAGUCUUUAAUUGUAUUUCCAAUUUCACUGAGCACCAGAAAAUACACACUGGAGAAAGGCCUUAUGAAUGCAACGAAUGUGGAAAGGCCUUCAUUAACAGCUCUCAUCUUGUUCGGCACCAGAAAGUUCAUAAUACAGAAAGGCCUUUUGAGUGCAAGGAAUGCGGGAAAGCCUUCCGGCAAAUAUCCAGACUUGUUCUGCAUCAAAGGAGUCACACUGGGGAAAGACCUUAUAAGUGCAACCAGUGUGGGAAAGCCUUUAGUUGCCUCUCCAACCUUGCCCCACACCAGCGGACUCAUACUGGAGAAAAGCCCUAUGAAUGCUCAAGAUGUGGGAAGGCCUUCAGUCAAAGCUCUGCCCUCAUUCAGCACCAGAAAGUUCACACUAGAGAAAGGCCCUAUGAGUGCCACGAAUGCGGAAAAGCCUUCAGCUAUAGUUCUAACCUUGUUAAGCACCGGAAGGUUCAUACUGGAAAGAGGCCUUAUGAGUGCAGCCAGUGUGGGAAAUCCUUCAGUGAAAGCUCCAUCCUCAGUCAGCACCAAAGAGUUCACACUGGAGAAAAGCCCUAUAAAUGCAACAAAUGUGGAAAAGUUUUCCGCUACAGCUCGAACCUUUCCAAGCACCAAAAACGUCAUACUGGAAUAGGGUCAUCUAAGUAUAGGAGACACAAGAAUGCCUUCAGCCACAGCUCCAGUCUCCCUCAGCACCAGAAAGAUCAUGCUACAGGAAAGCCUUAGGCAUGUGGUCAGUGUAGGAAAGCACUUAGUUGGGGCUUUUCCUUGUUGACCAUAAAAGAACUCACUCAUGAGAACAAUUCUGAGAAAGGAAUCCUUGUGAAGCAGCAGCUAAAAAUUGAAUCUUGAGUAUCACAACACCAUUGAAGGAAUUACCUCUGUCAGAUAGAUGGGAAGCUUUGAGGAACCAUGUCACCUUUACCAUCCUGUCUAGUUCCUUGUCAGAUUAUGUCACUGCCAGAUACCACUUCACCUGUAGCAGCUGGCAGGCCUCCUCAGGGUGACGUGCCAUCCUCACGGAAGUUGGACCGCUGUACUCUUUCAUACCCUGGACAGAACUAUGAGUGAUGGGAACCUUUUGGGGUCACCUUAUUAACUACCUUUUUCCUUCCCUCUAUGGUUUAUAUUGCCCUAACCUAGUUUUCACCAAGAGACUGAGCUGGAGUCUACUGAAAGCUUCCAGAGACUUCCCUUUUUCUUAGUCCUUGUGGAGCUUGACACCUACCAGGCAUUUGUCCAGCCUUCAAAUUGCCCAACUGUGGAACUUUCUGCUUCCACAGUGAGUGAUAAUGAAGGCCUAGUAGGAAGGGUUGUGGCACAUCAGGCCAGGCUGCAACAUGCAGCACGGGCAUCUUGUAUUGGAGCAAUGCUUUUAGUCCUGGUUGCUCUGCUUGAGAUGCAACUCUCUGCUAAUGUGCCUGCAAAAGCAGCAGGCGAUGGUUCAAGUGCUUAGGCAGAUCUAAGAGGAAUUAUUGGCUCUAGCUUUAGCUUGGCCUAACCAUAGCUAUUGUGGCCAUUUGGGGGAGUGAACCAGUAGAAAGAAACUCUCUUUGUCUCCUCUAUUACUCUGCCUUUCACAUAAAAUAUUUUAGUAAAAUUCCGGAUUGAAAUAAUCUCUUAAUCCUGGGGCUCCAUCCAUUGUGUGUAGGAGAGACUGAGAAGAGAAUUAGCCUGUAACAGUGCAAAGGGAGAAAGAGCUUUUAUGGGGGCCCAGACUUUCCUGAACUUAAAAUCAAUAGCAAGAUGUCAAGGAAAGCUUUUAGUCUAAUUCAACAUAAUUUGUCUGUGAUCCAAAGCCUACUGGGACAGACUGAAGGUUUGUGUUAUCCAAAUCAUGUGUCCCGAUGCCACGCUACUAAGAGGCAUCUGCUUUCACUGGCUAUAAAAUUAUAGCAGAUGAGCAUCCUAGGUAGGUAAGAACACCAGUCUUGAGCUGAGAGGGUGAGAGAGACUGGUAACUGAAGACAUGCCCAUGGUGUGCUUGAGCCAGCUCAUACUGGCUCACAAGAGCUGUUGGUUCUAAGUACAUUCAGUGACAUCACAUGAGUGGCUUGGAAUCAAACACUGUAGGGAGCUUAUACAACAAAAUUCAGCUAACAGUAGCUCUUAAAAAACAAACAAACAACAAAAAAAUCUGCUUUUCAUUGUUGACCACAGUUGUCACUUGAGACAAUGGUUUUGGCCACAAGGGAGAGUCAGCUCUGCAUAGCCACAUUCUUUAGAACAAGUGCAGAUGCUGCUUUAGAAUGGGCACUGGCAGAGCAAAUAAUAUAAAGAUUUUGCACUCUGCCACAACCCUGGGUUGUUCACCUCAAGGCCAUCCCUGUGUAGGCAGGAACUCCAGGGCCAAAAGAAGGGAGAUCCUCUAGUCCAGGGAUGUGGCCACCAUGAUCCAGCCAAUAUUCCUGGUAGAUUGUGAUGGCUGUGACCUUCAUCUGUUGGUUUUACUGCCAUUGAGGCAGAACUACCCCAGGACACAAAAGACAGAGAUGGUGAAUUAACGUAUGGUUACACCACUUUUUUGAUUCCUAAGAGGAGAAAGAGGCACAUUUUUACAUGGAGGCCUCUGAUUUUCUCAAUGCUGGAAACCACUCCUGCAAACUUCUAUACAAAGUUGUUUCAGAAGAACC